AUGAGCAGCGCGGAGCCGCCGCUGGGCGCCGGGCCGCGGGCGCAGCCCGCCUGGAAGCGGGAGAUCCUGGAGCGCAAGCGGGCCAAGCUGGCCGGGGCGGCCGGCGGCGGCGAGCCCGAGCCCGCGGCGGCGGCUGCGGUGCCGCCGGGCGAGCGGCUGGUGGUGGCCGAGAGCCUGGGCCCGCUGCACGAGAACCCCUUCAUGCGGCUGGAGAGCGAGCGGCGGCGGCUGCGGCAGGGGCUGCCCGGCGGCCGGCCCGGCCGCGGCUCCGGCCCCGGCGCCGGCGCGGCGCGGCCGCUGCAGCAGCUGCUGGAGCUGUACAGCGCCGUGCCCGGCAUCCGCACCAUCCGCGCCGACAACAUCCUCAUCAUCGAGUCGCAGCCCGACGCCGCCGCCUGCUUCGCCGAUGGGGACGCGCUGCCCGGGCGCCGCCGGGACCCGGCCGCCGCCGCCGCCUCCUCGCCGCCGCCGCGCCCAGACCCGCUGCGGGAGCUGCUGGCCCGCAAGGGCGCCGCCCUCGCCGAGAUCCGCGCCGAGCAGGUCUUCAUCUACGAGGCGGCCGAGCCGCCCGAGGCGGCCGAGCCGGGCACGGUCAGCCGCCUCCUGGAGAAGUUCGGCCAGCGCCCGCGGGGCCGCCGGCGCCGCGGCGGCGAGGCGCUGCCGGCGCCCGGGCCCGCACCUGCCCCCGCCGGCGGCGGCGCCGCGGCCUCCCCGCGGGCCGCGCCGGGCUCCCCGCGGGCCGCGCCGCCGCCUCAGGCGGGACCGCGCUCCCCGCCGGCCGCAGCGCCCGGGGCGGCGCCGCCGCCAUCACCACAGGCGGCGCCGGGCGCUGCCGCGGUACCGGCCGCCCCGCAGCCGUUGCCGGGCGCCCCCCGGCCCCUGCAAGGGGACGCGGCCUCGGCCCCCCGCGCGCUACGAGCCGCCCCCCAGCCCUUGCCCGGCGCCCCCCGGGCCGCGGCCCCCCAGGCCAACUGCUUUCUGCACAAGAUCGGCUCCAACUCCUUCACUGUGACUCCGCGGGGGCUGCCCCCCGGCAGCCGAGCCCCCCAGGCCACCGCCGGCCCGGCUGACCGGGCUCCGCCGCCCAAGGGGCCGCCAGUGCCAUCCGCCAGCGCUUCCCAUGCCAGAGCCAACGCCAGGAGGCCAAAGCCGGAGGAGGCCGAAGCGGCUGUGUCGCCUCCACCCAGUGCCAGUCUGGCCUCCAGUGCCACCAGCGCUUCCCAGCCGCUUUCCGCCGCCGCCCCCAAGGCUGGGGGCUCCUUCGAGAUCCUCCCGGCCCCCAAGCCGGACUUGGCUGCCAUCCCUGCCCAUGACCUGCAGGCGCAGGCCCUGGCCAAGCUGCGCCUGAAUUCACGCAAUUCCUUCCUCUUCGUGCCCCGCCGGGAGGGAGGCCCGGCUCCACAGCCUCCGGGGCCACCACCAUCCUUGGAGCAGAAGGUCCGGCAGGAGCAGCCGAGGGCUUCCCCUAAGGAGCAGGAAGAGCCUGUUGCGUCCCUGCCGGCGCCUCGGGAUCCUUUGGUACCUGUGACUUACAUUGAUGACAUUGUGGAGCCAGACAGCGGGGAGCUUUCCCCCAAGGGUGGCUCGCCUGUGAGGACGGGGACCCUGGGAGACCAGCCUCGAGCAGCUGUCUCUGACCUGGAGAUGGAGUUUUCCUCUGUGCCCCUCUACAAACCCCACGCUGUCUCCCCUGCCGUCCAUCAGCGAGGAGGCAACACAUUCACUGUAGUGCCCAAAAGGAAGCCCGUGGCCUCGGGCUUGCAGACUUUGACUGAGGCCAGCGGACGGCCGCAGCGGGAGGAAGAUGACGAGGAGGAGGAAAACAAAGGAAAAGGCAAAGCUGUGAAGAAUGCCGAUGCGUCCCAAGCGGGGAUGGCUCUUAAAAAGCGCUACCCCACUGUGAAUGAGAUUGAAGUGAUUGGUGGCUACCUGUCCCUGGAGAGGUCCUGCAUGAGCAAAACAGGUCGCCGGAAGAAGAUGAAGAUCUCUUUCAAUGAGACAAGUUUGCAGACCAUGUUUGAGUACCCCUCAGAGAGCUCACUAGCAGAAGAAGAGGAGGAGGAGGAGGAAAGACAUGCUUCUGAAACAGAGGAAGACAAGACUUGCACCUUUUUCAUUCCAUGCCCAAGUAGCACUUUGAAUCCCAGUACGACUAACUCAGCAGAUUUAUCCAGCUACACCCCAAAGCACUCCGUGAAGUUCAGCGAGUGGCAGGAGCAGAAGUAUGAGGAGAUGCCCAACUCUGAAGGACCCCUCCGAAAAGAAGCUGAUUCCCUUGGGAACCAAGUCAUGCUCACCCCAGCAGAGAAGGGUGGACUCUCCGACUUCAGCAGUGAGCCUGCGCUAUAUUUUUGAUUGCUUCAUCUUCUAGCCUGCAGCAGCUGCUGCUGGACAAAACCUGGCAGUGCACCUUUUGAAUGCCUGUGUAAGCACCACGGAAAUAAGCUUCUGGGUCCUUUCUUCGUCACAAAUUACAUAGGAACCUGCCAAGGAUGGACUAGAUGCCUUUGGGCAUCUUGGGAGAAUAUUUGCACUGGAUUCUGGGACCUAACUACUACUUUUAAGGCAUAUGAUUUAUUCUGCCUGUGGCCUUGCAUAUUCCUUGUUCAAGUGCAACUGUUGGUUAGACGAGCGUCUGAAGAACAGAUCUUUAGUCCCAGGAUGGAUGUAGAUUCCAUCAGUGCCUAGCUGAGUCCACUCAUGUAGGCAUUAUAUGGGCUCUAGGAAGGUUUUGAAACACUUCUCUCAUUAGAGGCCUCAAGGAAGAACAGUUCUGGAGCUUGAGCACUGGGAGUGUCUGGGCAGUUAGCUGGAUUCACAUAAGUGGUUGUGAUUUGACAGCUAGAUUACAGUGGUUAUCAGCUUAUAAAACUCUUGAAGGUUGGUUUAUUCUCAGCAUGCUUCUGGAUCAAGUUUCACUGAACUACCAUGGAAUUUAUGUGCCAGUUAAAUUUGUGUAAAGGGAGUUGAAUACACUCUAUGGGAAUGGGAACAAAUGCCGUUAGCUUUAGGUAUCAUUUUUGCACUAAUCUGUAAAGAAGGGUCUAGUUUGGCUUGAACCUCUUGAAGAUUCCCUAACAUUGGCCAUAGCUUUGAUUUGUCUGUGUCCAACUCUGGCAUCCAGUCUCUAAUAACUGCCCUUUGUGCUUCAGUUUGCCUAGUUCCGCUUUUUGCUUUGUUCUAGCAUCUAAUGGGGCCAGGCCCAAGAUAUAUCUGUCUUGGCUGCUGGAGAGACUUGCUUCUUGCCAAGCUCUUUUUGCUCCUCUAAUGGAAAGCACAGGAGGGCCAUUUCACUCCUUUCUUCUGCAGAACUUGAACAAGGAAUAUGCUAUUUUCUAUUUUUUUUACAUAUAUACAUGUAUAGUUCUAUUGUAAUUGUUUAAUGCAGCCAAUAUGCAAAGGAAUCUGCUAGACUCUUCCACUUAAGUGUUCUACUACUGUAAACUCAGGGUCAAAGUUGCACUCUGGAAAAGACCGAACACUGCUGCUAAUGUGAUUUGUAUUUCUAGGAUUAAAAGAGAUGGCGGUUGGAAUA